UAUAAAUUAUACUGCUAAAAUACAACAUCUAUUGACGUAAAACCGAACAAACAUCAAAAUUCUCCACCUACCUACCUUAUUUACGACUAGUAACGUUAUAGUGUAAAUUAAAGGUAAACACUACUCGAUUAAAGCUGUAAUUAUGGGCAUAAAAGAGUUUUACGAUGGAUGUGAUAUCUUCAUUACAGGUGGCACAGGAUUCAUGGGCAAAGUAUUGAUCGAAAAACUACUACGAUCGUGCCCGGGCAUCACAAACAUUUAUGUUUUAAUGAGACAUCGAAAAGAAAAAUCUAUGACUGCUAGAGUCACAGACAUAUUGGCGUUACCGCUGUUUGAUAAAUUGAAAGCGGAGCAUCCGGGUGUCGCAGAAAAAAAAAUUAUUCCUGUAUUGGGUGACUUGAGUGAAACCCGAAUAGGGUUGAGUGAUGACGAUUUCAAUAUGUUGGCCCGUAAUAUUUCUAUUGUUUUUCACGUUGCUGCAACGGUUCGGUUUGAUGAGCCCAUACGAGAUGCGAUCAUCAAAAACGUGAGAGGAACGCGCGAAGUCGUAGAAUUAGCUGCACAAAUGAAAAACCUCAAGGUAUUUUUACAUGUGUCAACAACCUAUUGUAACUGUAACAGAGUUUACGUGGACGAGAAAGUGUACGAAUCACCGAUCAGUUGGCAGGACGCAAUUUUGAUUGCAGAAAAUUUAGAUCCCAAAUUAUCUGAAACGUUAACGACAAAAUGGGUGGACCGUCAUGACUCUAUACUUGUUUUUAUAGAUUUAUUUGAUGCUAUUAUCGAUAGCUUAACAAAAGUAUGUUCUUGGUUUGAUAAGGAUUCUUCAUCGGGAGCAUACCAAUUAUUAUGCUCUAUAAAACAGCCAGAAUUUAUACUAGCAACAUUUGUGUUAGCAAAAGUAUUUGGUAUAAGCUUACCACUAAGUAAACAUCUCCAAAUUAAAAAUAUAGAUCUGAUUGAUGCUAUUGAGAAUGCGGACAGU